AUGGGUCAGCUGUUCUCCUCAUCGAACAACGAACAGGACCAAGAUCUGGCCUCCAGCUUUACUAGAUAUUUUAAGAAGUUUAAGGUAGAAAACAGUAUCAUCCCUCAGGAAACCAUCGCUUCAGUUGAAUUAAGCUUGACAAAAGGAAACAUUCAGGGGGCAAACUCGGCAAUCAGUGAUGCGUUAAGAGAAAUUGAUGGUGCCCCACUCAAUGUUGCUGUGACUGGGGAGUCUGGAGCAGGGAAGUCCACAUUCAUUAAUGCUCUGAGAGGGAUUGGGCAUGAAGAGAAAGAUGCAGCUCAAAUUGGAGUGGUGGAAACAACCAUGGAGAGACAUCCAUACGAGCACCCCAGUAUCCCCAAUGUGGUUAUUUGGGACCUGCCUGGGAUUGGAACAACAAACUUCCCACCAAAAGAUUAUCUGGAGAAAAUGAAAUUCAAUGAGUACGACUUCUUCAUUAUCGUUUCCGCCACACGCUUUAAGAAAAAUGAUAUAGACCUCGCCAAGGCAGUCAGCAUGAUGAAGAAGGACUUCUACUUCGUGAGGACCAAGGUGGACUCUGACUUAAAAAAUGAAGAGGAACUCAAGCCACGAAGCUUUGACAGAGAAAAGGUUCUGCAGCAGAUCCGCAGCAGCUGUGUGAAGAACUUUCAGGACAGUAACAUUGAUGAGCCACCGAUCUUCUUGAUCUCGAACGUCAAUUUAUGUGACUAUGAUUUCCCAAUCCUGAUGGACAAGCUGGUAAAUGGUCUCCCUGUACACAAGCGACACAAAUUUAUGCUCUCCUUGCCCAAUAUUUCAGAUGCAGCCAUUGAAAGGAAGAGGCAAUUCCUGAAGCAGAGGAUUUGGCUCGAAGCCUUUGCGAGUGACCUGCUGAGCAUCAUCCCUUCUCUGGUCUUCUUAUUGGACAGUGACAUGGAGAAUCUUAAGAAAAGCAUGAAGCUCUAUCGAACUGUGUUUGGAGUGGAUGAUGCAUCCUUGCAGAGUUUGGCUAGGGACUGGCAAAUGCCAGUGGAUCAGCUCGAGGCAAUGAUGAAAUCUCCUAAUGUGUUCAAAACUGCAGAAAAAGAAACCAUACAAGAAAAGCUUUCAAGAUACUGUAAUGAGUACUGUGUGGCUAAUGGGUAUUUAGUUACUAAAAAUGUUUAUCUUAGAGAAUUAUUCUACCUGAAAUUUUAUUUCCUUGACCUAGUGACUGAGGAUGCUAACGUUCUUCUCAGAGAGAUAUGUUCAAGAAACAACUUGAUUACUAAUUAGGCUGAAGGCCUGUGGCUGUCAAAAAUCAGAAUCAAUGACAGAAAAAUAGGAUGCGGCUAUUGCAAAACAAUAUGCUGGUUUUAUUCAGGCUACCUAGGAUUUACCCAUAUUUAGUGAUCAUAUAUCCACAUUAGCCGUAGCAAAGGGAUCAAAUAUGUGCAAGUGCAUCAAGAGCUAAAAACUAUCUACUCACUUUUGAAUUAACCCUCAGAUCAAGUAAUUUUACUUUUAUUUGAAUUUUCUUAAUAUAAAUCAGCAUCUAUUUUCAAGCUUAACACUGCAAUGGUUAGUGUUGUCAACUCAAUAGACUCUAGAAUCACGUGGCUUGCAUUUGAGAAAUUAUUUUUGCUUAUGGGAAGCCCUGCCCACUGUGGGUGGCACCAUACCCUACCUGGUGAUCUCCUACUGUGUCUGUGGAGACCAGGAUUAAG